ACUGAGAAGUAGAUUUCCAUUACGCCCGCGUAUGAACAGUGAAAAGUAGCUGUUGUUGUAGUUAUUGGAACCAUAUGGAGUCUUCUUUAAUGCUGACUGAGAAAUAUGAUUCCAAUCGAAUAAUAUUUAUGGAAACUAUGGAGUAGUAUAGCAGCAGCAGUUGCCGCCUUCGUCGCCGACAAUGUGUAACAUGAACUAGUUCUGCAUGGCUCCAAAUGGUUCCAGUAACAACACACGCACGCACGCACUCACAUGUAUAUGUGUGAAUGGGGAAGUCGGAGAUUGAAUACUACGCCAUGUUGGCCAAAACUGAAGUCCAGCACUACAGUGGAACCAACAUUGAGUUGGGCACCGCCUGCGGUAAAUACUUCCGUGUGUGCACCAUGUCCAUUACCGAUCCUGGAGAUUCGGACAUCAUCCGCUCAUUGCCCGACAAUUAAAAGAGGAGUGUUUUAUUCUUUAAAGCCAACAGACAUUUAUUUAAAUAAAACUCUUUGAAAUUGUAUA